AUGCGGAUCCAUGCCUGGGCUGCGCUGCUUGCGCUGCUGGCCCUCCUGCAGGCCACCUGCGGGCGGGAGCUGCUUGCGGAAGAUGGCGUCACCAUCGCACACCACACCCCCAGGAACCCCAAUGCCAAACGCGACAGCAAGAGGCGCAGCCCCGGCGGCCUUGCCCGCGGGGAGCAGUUCUGCCAGGGCACCCUGAUCUCUCCGGACGUCGUGCUCACCGCCGCCUCCUGCUUCUUCACGAACGAUACGACCAUCUCGCCUGGUGGCAUCUUCCCGCAGGUGCGCGUGGGCGGGUACGGGCAGGACGGCGGGCGGAACGGUAGCGCCGCCGCCACCGCGCUGGCCUACCACAAGCGGUACAACUGGCGCCAGGGCCAGCCCUCCCACGACAUUGCGCUGCUCAAGCUGGACCGCCGCUUCCCUGGCGUGACGCCCCUCCGGCUGGCACCUUCCUCCAAAUUUACCAGCUUGAAGGCCGACACCCAGCUGAGCGUGCUGAGGUGGGGGCCCGCUGCCCAGGGCCGCAGCCCCGCGUCCCCCAGCCUGCUGUGGUCCACCCUCAAGCUGGACAGCCGCACCUGCGCCUUCCAGUGGCCCGACCUCGACUGGGGCUCGGGGGACAUCAUGUGCGCACGCCCCUACGGCCACGGCAAGAACAGCUGCCGUCCCGAGGAUGGAGGCGGCCCGGUGUUCCUGGAGGGCGGCGAUGCGUCAGAGGACGUGCAGGUUGGCAUCAUCAGCGAGAGAGGCUGCGACAAGCUGAAGCCGAGUGAGAGGGGCCGCCUGCAGCUGGGUGCAGCCAGGAACUGGAUCCACGCCGCCGCCGAGGUCCUCAGGACCAGGCGCACCUUCACUGGCGCAGACCCCUUCUGGAUCUACUUCAAGGACCAGUGGGCCAACUGGCUCGAGGGCGGGGACCACUGA